AUGUUUCUGAUAAUGCUUAAUGUGGUUAUGAACAUGAUGUGGGGCGGUACAUUUAAUGAUGAAGAUAAGACUAGAAUCGACUUAGAAUUUCGGAAACGAGCUGAAGAAGUGCUGGACUAUUUAGGGAGAACUAAUAUUUCUGAUUUUCUUCCUGUUCUAGCGAGGUUCGAUUUACAAGGUGUAGAACAGGGAAUGAAAAAGCAAAUUUCGUGGUUAGACCCGUUUUUCGAAUCCAUGAUUGACAAGAGGAUGGAACUUGAUCAGGAGAUGAAACUAAAUGGAGAUCAAGAUGGCAGGAGGAGAUGUAUAGGUAUUCCUUUAGUGGAAAGGAUCAUACUUUAUGCAUUAGCUUCUCUUUUGCACUCAUUUGAAUGGAGAAUGCCAGAAGGUGUGGAGGUUGAUCUUUCAGAGAAAUUUGGUAUUGUUUUGAAGACAGGUACCCCACUAACUGCAAUCCCAGUGCCAAGAUUAUCUGAUUCAAACCUCUAUGCUCUAUGCUAA